AUGGCUUCUGACUGGCUGGGAAGUGUUGUAUCCAUUAAUUGUGGAAACACUUUGGGUGUGUACCAAGGACGGGUGUCUGCUGUUGACCAGCUUAAUCAGACAAUAUCGCUUACACAGCCCUUUCACAAUGGGGUGAAGUGCCUUGUUCCAGAAGUCACAUUCAGGGCAGGGGACAUCGUAGACUUAAAAAUUUUGGAGAUUCCUGAGGACAGUCGGAGACAGACAAAUAAUCAGCCUUCUGAGCACACAAAUACAAAUUGUGUGCCAACCAGCCAGCAAAAUGGUACAGCGAAACAAAGACCAGAGGCAAGCAGUGCACAGAUCAUCCCCAGGAGAACAGAGGGGAGAGCCAAUGAUCCUACUGGAACAUCUCCACAGCCAUGCUCAAAAAGUUAUGUGGACAGGCAAACUGAAGGUCUGAAUCAGCCGAAGAACUUUCGACGAAGGCACAACUCUUGGUCUUCAAGCAGCCGGUAUCCAAACCAAGUGACCCCCAAGAAGAACGGACCUAAGAAUGGGCAGCAUAAAGCUAGAGAUGAUGAGUGUUUUGGCGAUGAUUUGGAUGAGAUUCCAGACACAGAUUUUGAUUUUGAAGGGAACCUUGCUCUUUUUGAUAAGGCAGCUGUAUUUGAGGAGAUAGACACUCGCGAAAGGCGAGGGGGUGGAGGAGGAGCUAGGUCACGAGGCACACCUAGUGAAAGACCCCCAAAUUACAGACAUGAUGAGAACAUAAUCGAGUCUGACCCAAUAGUAUAUAGAAGGAUUGUUGUACCACAUCCUGGUGGAAUGGAAUACUGUACAGGAUUCGGUCUGGUGGUACCCAGUGUCUCCUAUAGCCUGCACAAGAAGCUGUUAAGUGUAGCUGAGAAGCAUGGCCUAACCGUGGAGAAACGGUUGGAAAUGUCGGGUGUUUGUGCCAGUCAAAUGGCUCUUACAUUGCUUGGUGGGCCCAACAGAUUAAAUCCUAAAAACAUACACCAACGACCUACUGUGGCACUUCUGUGUGGGCCUCACAUCAAAGGAGCUCAAGGCAUUAGCUGUGGUCGUCAUUUGGCCAAUCAUGAUGUGGACAUUAUCCUUUUCUUACCAAACUUUGUUAAGAUGUUGGAGCCUGUUACUAACGAACUUAAUCUGUUUUGUCGGACUGAAGGCAAGCAGGUGUCAAAUGUCAAAGAUCUGCCAGAUUGCCCUGUAGAUUUGGUUAUUCACUGUCUGGACUGCCAUGAAAAUGCCUUCUUGCGUGAUCAGCCGUGGUACAAAGCCGCUGUGGAUUGGGCUAAUCAAAAUCGAGCCCCAGUGCUAAGCAUUGACCCACCUGUAACAGACCAGGAGCAAGGAAUACAUGCCAAAUGGUCCCUGCAGUUAGGACUUCCUCUGGCUCUCGGUGAGCAGGCUGGCCGCGUCUAUUUGUGUGACAUUGGUAUUCCCCAAAAGGUGUUCAAAGAGGUGGGCAUCACCUAUCAUUCGCCUUUUGGAUGCAAGUUUGUUAUACCCUUACAUUCCAUGCAGGGAUGA